CACAAAGACAAAAGGUUAACUCGUAUUGCAAACCGACUUCACAGCUCAUCUAAAACACAUAUAUAUACAGAGAACGUUUCCUCCUGUUUAGGGCCGCUGGCUGCUAUGUGGCUCAGGUCAUCUUUGGCGGCAUUGUUGAUGGUUGUCGUUCACUUUGGUGCUAGUGAACAACAUGUACUACAUCGAAGACAGUCAUCACCUCCGCUUCCAGAAAAAUACAGUGUUUAUGUCAAACCAUUGCCGAGUAACAAAAACCAUCAUUCGUUAUCUUUUGUUGGAGAGCCAAAUCAGCCGCCCAAACUUUCUCUGAAGAAGUUAGAUCAACAGAAAGGACUAACCGAAUCUUCUUUGCCUAAGUAUCAGUUGCCUUUGGUUCCUCAUUUUCAGAGAAAAAAACUAGAACAAUCUUCUAACGUUCAAUUGAGUAGCCUUUCAUUUUCUAAGGCAUCUAUUCAAUUAGAACAUCAAGAACCGAACAGUCAAUCGCAACACCAAUUUUCUACUCAAAUACUUAAAUCUCAAUUGCCUCUGACACCACAAGUACAGUCACAUCAGAAUCAAUCCAAGUAUCAGAUUCAUCACACACUUUCCCCUCAGAGCUACUCUAAGAUACAAGCUCCACUUUCCCCUAAAUCUCAGCAUCAGGUUUUGACCCAAUCACAACAAAAUCAUUACCAACUUCCUAUUCCAGCACAGACUUUAUCAUCUCACACACAGUUUCGUUCAGAACAAAGUCAAAUACCACAAACUUCUCAUUCAUUGCAACGCAAAUAUCUCAAAGUCGAAUCUCUCCUGUCCAGCGGCUCAGACAAAGCUGACGACACCCAGCAUAAGAAAACUUCCCAAGUGAUAUUCGUCAAUGGCCAACCUGUUGUAAUUAACCCAACUGAGAGCCAAAAGGCACCAUCAUCACCAGUUACUCAAAACUCUCACGAUUCACAUGCAUUUCUAUCUUCUCCAACCACAGAUGCAAUCUUCCAAGAAAAGCUACUAGGUUCUGUUCAAUCUCAAGUACAAUCUGUGAUCCAAAAGGCUCCUGCAUCAGAAAUCGAAUACGAUAAGGGAGGUCCAGCAAGUGACAGAGACAACAAUGACGAUGCCUAUGUGGUUUACUAUUAUUAUUACUAUGAUGAUGAUGACGAACCAAACAAUAAAACAAGUCCCUCUUUAAAAUUUGAUGACAUUCCCAACCUGGAAAAUUUCGACGAAUCAAAAACUGAAACUACCAAUGUUAAAAAAGACGUAAGAAGAGUUGGCCAAAGAGGAAAUGUUCCAAAUAACGUCAUUAGCAAUGCGUUUUCAGACACUUCCUUAUCUAAAGACCGCUCAGGUCAGCCAGGAACGUUAUCUUUAAACAACUCUGCACAGUCCAAAAACGCUGAUGUUUCUUCCAAACCUGUAAAAGACCCUGUUUUGCCUAUUGCUCCGAUAUCUAAUGUAUAUCGCUAUGGAAACGACGUUUCACGUUUUCCUGUAACCCCAGACUUGGUUGAUCAUUCUACCAAAAAUCAGAAGCCAACAAUAGUUACUGACGUUUCUGUUGAAGAUAAAGAAGAUAACUUAUCAGUGAAUUCUAAUAUUCAAGAUCAUUCCACUACUACCUUUUCAGAAGAUGACCCAUCCUCCAAAUCAGACUUAUUUAGUUCUGUGAACGACAGCAACUCAGGAGCUGAGAUCAAUGAAAUCGUCGAGGCUCAAACUGAGCCACUGACAAGAAAGGAUCCAACUAUUGAAAUAGAAGUCACAAAGACAACAGAAUCUACAACAACACAAGAACCUAUAACAACUACAGUAAGUGUUCCAAGUCGUUUCAGUAAUCGUCGACGCUUUGGGUCGAGAAGGCCACCGGGGUAUGUUAGAUCACGUAGACCACCAGUAAUAGACUUAACUACAACAAAAGUUGUAAAAACAGAAGCACCAGAAGAAGAUACAGAAAAAGAAGAAAGCACAACAGUCUCUACUACUACAAUUACAUCUACAACUUCUAGAAGAUCGAGGUUGCGAUCUCGUUUGGGAAACAGAAGAAGGAAUGUAGGAUUUAAUCGUCAAAGGCCUUCAUUUAGAAGAAGUCGUUUCAGAGGAUCAAAUAACGACAGUGACAAGAAAAAGGAUGAAGAAAAUGGCAAAAUUGAGGAGAAAAGUACAGAGAAAGAAACAACGACAACCUCAACUACAGCCGUAACAGAAUCUUCUCGACCCACGGCACGACGACGUUUUGGAAGUCUUAGGAGUUCGCGACGUUUUGGAAGCAGUCGAAGAAAGUCUUCUUCUAUAACAGUCAGUCCUGAAUCUACAUCAAACGAUGAAAGUACGACAGUCAAGACAACAACUGCAGUUUCUCGUGUUCGUUCAAGUAGUAUCUUUGGUCGUUCCAACACUAGAUCUCGUCUUUCCUUUUUACGACGAGGACGAAGCGGUCUUAGGCGAGGUAGUAAAGUAGAAAAAGAACCCGAAGAAGACGACGUUGAAGCAGUGGAUGAAGAAAAAAAAUCCUCAACUCCUAAAAUAGCUGAUAAAACGACUGUUACGUCUUUGUCAGAGGAAGUUGAAACUACCACGACCACUGACACUUUACUCAGCAGUAAUGAAGAUGAAUAUGAUGUUGAGGAAGACGAAGAACCUCAAAUAUCAGAGGACCCAAUAACCACUACAACAGAGAAUAGCAGAUUUUCAGGUCUUUUUAGGAAAAGAAAACGACCAACAUUGUUUGGAAACCGUCCGCGUCUUCUUUAACAAAUCGCGUUGAGAUUUUCAUACUUCUAAAAACUAGAAUGUACCUGAGACUUGCACAUUGCUCAGAUGAGUAGGUCAUGCAGGUGUUAAGCUAUGAAAAAAAGACGAACCCAUGUCCGUUUGUAUUGUUGAAUUUCUGAGUCAUUUGGAUUUAAUUUUUUAUGAAUUGGUUAACAUUUAUUUGAGACCAAAAUGAUUUUGUUUAUUAUGGAGUGCAGAAUAUAGCGUAAUACUUUGGUAAUAAACGUAAAAAGUGUAUCCAUAACUGUAAU